UGCGCAGAGAGAGGCAGGUCUGUGCAGAAGCCGGCCGUCAUGGCGAUCGUAAGGGAAUUCAGCUUGGUGUUGGUGUUGGUGUGGGCGGGCGGCGGGCGCGCGGGCGUCGGCUACGAGAACCCCGCGUGCGACGGGAAGACGGUCAUCGUGCACCUGUUCGAGUGGAAGUGGACCGACGUCGCCCUCGAGUGCGAGAGGUUCCUCGCCCACGCCGGCUACUGUGGCGUCCAGGUGUCUCCCCCGAACGAGCACCUGACGAACCCGCCCGAGUACCCGUACCCGUGGUGGCAGCGCUACCAACCCGUCUCGUACAAGCUCGUCUCGCGCUCCGGCUCCGAGGAGGAGUUCGUCGACAUGGUGCGCAGGUGCAACGCCGUCGGAGUCAGGAUCUUCGUCGACGUCGUGAUCAACCACAUGGCAGCGCUUGGCACCGAGGGCGUAGGGUCGGCGGGCUCCUUUUUCGACGGCGCCGCCCUGGCCUUCCCCGGCGUGCCCUUCGCGCCCCAGGACUUCACGCCGCCUCAUCUCUGCUCGUCGGAGGAUGGCAUCUUAUCCAACCUAAGUAGCCCAAAUGAUAUGAGAAACUGCGCCUUACUCGGUCUCGCGGACUUAUACGGAGCCUCCCUCUAUGUCAGAGAACAGGUCGCAGGUUAUUUGAACAGGUUGGUGGCCUUGGGCGUGGCAGGCUUCAGGGUGGAUGCUGCCAGGUUUAUGUGGCCUGAGGAUCUCGCCGCCAUCUUGGAUCUGACGAACGACCUGAACACGACCCAUGGAUUCCCGCCAAAAACACGACCCUUUGUGUACCUCGAAGUCGUAAAUUUCAACGACGGAAUUAUCCCAGAUCAGGAUUAUUACGGUCUUGGUCGUUUGACGGAAUUCAGGUACUGCCAGAAGGUAUCUGACGGCCUACUCCACGACCUGGGUGUCCUGGGAACUGUGUACGACCCUGAGUGGGAUAUGAACGACCCCGAGAAAGCGUUGGUGUUCGUCGAUAACCACGACAACCAGAGGGGUCACAAUUUGCCUGAAAACACGCUCACCUACAAGACGCCAGCCCUUUACGAGAGAGCCGUGGCAUUCACGCUGGCUCAGCCCUACGGUUUCGCGAGGAUCAUGUCUUCCUAUGACUUCGGGGACGAUACUGAGGCCGGCCCCCCGCACCUGCAGGAUUACAGCACAGCCGAAGUCGUUAUCGAUGCCUCCGGACAAUGCACGAACGGCUGGGUAUGCGAACACCGCUGGAAGGCCAUUUCGCCCAUGGUACAAUUCCGCAACGCUGUGGCCGGUACAGGCGAGUGGAACCUGUACCAAAAUGAUGGUAAUUUCGUUGCCUUUUCUAGAGGUUCAAAAGGGUUCUUCGCCAUGAUUAAAGAAGGUUCUGUCCAAAAGGCUGUGUCCACUACCCUCCCUCCCGGCCUGUACGAAGACCUCUUAACAUGCAAAGCGGUCCCCGUGGCUGGAAACGGGAUCGUCGACGUAGCACUGAGCGAGAACAACCCUCUGCUGGCACUGUGUGUUGGGUGCCAGUGCCUCCCUUCGGCCGGUUCGCAAGUUGCAAGCCAGCAGGUAAAGAAAUCGUCUCCCAACCGGACAGUGAUCUUCCUGCACUACGAGACGACACCAGAGCAGGACGUGUUCAUCCGAGGAGGGAUCGAUGCUGAACACAGGCCAGGUUGCACAGAGGACGCGCAGACCGACGCAUGCGCAGUGGGCAUCGUGACGCACAUGCUGGGCACCAUUGACACCUAUGACAAGUACAACUCCUGGCGGGUUGGCGACCACCACUUGGACUGGCACGGUGCCGAAGAGGGCCAAGGCACUUACUACGGGCAAGAGGCUCUGGGGACCCCCUUGGCCUGGACCACAAACAACCCGCUCAGCCCGGCGUAUCAGGAGCUCAAUACCUUCGGCGACCACUACUGGAUGGUGGACGCGGAGAUGGACUGCUCGCAGACGGAGGGCGGCUGGCUGGAGGUCAAGGCCUUCGUCAGCGACGAUGCCUGGGGCUGGGAGCCUGACCUCGUGCAGGAGACUUGCUCUGGCGCGGGAGGGGGGUCGCCGCCCCCUUACCAGGACAGCAAUCAUUUUGCAAGAUGCGGCUUCAUCAACGUCUUUCAUUACGGCGUCGCAGAGUGUUCCAUUAGCGAAUUCCCUUCCUGAUUUCAUGACAAUACACAGUAUAUGCCCGAAACAUGGCUGGGAAUACGUACAAAUAUAAAUACAAAUACACAUGUAAAAGGACGCUCGCACACAAAAAUGGCUUUGGAGUCACUUAAUAAAAAUUGUAGCAUGCUUU